GAGCAUCUCCACUCGUCCCCCCGACGAGGCCCCCGAGCGACGUUUUUUCCAUCCGGACGGCGAAAUUCGGCCCAGUCGCGCCCCCGGUUCCUCGUUUUCGUCCGGAUUUGGCCCUUAAUCCAUCCGGCGAGCCCACGCCACCCCCGGCCCCCCGGGGCGCGCUCGGGGACUCCGGACGAAAGAUUUUGGCGCGAAACGGCGUGUGGACCCGUGUAGUCGGCGACUGGAAAACCAAAUCCUGUCGAUUUUCCCUCCAAUUUGCUUGCAUAUCCCCAUUCCCUCCAAUUUGCUUGCAUAUCCCCAUUCUCUCCCGCCGAAAUCCCCCAAUCUCCUCGUCUUCCAGCUCCAGUUCCUGGCGGCGUCUUCUCGUCCACCACCACUCUCCUCCUCGUCUUCUCGUCCACCACAAUGCCGCCGAAGGCGCCGGCGAGGAAGAUGCGGGCGAAGAAGACGAAGCCGCCGGGCAUGUCGAACGCCGAGUGGGCGGCGGACGAGCAACGGCGCGACGUGGAAACAAGCGCCAGGGCGGAGAGGGUGAAAAGAGCCGCCGCCAAGAGGUCGGCGGAGGCGGCCCAGGAGGAACAAGCGAGGCUGAUCAGCAUGGCCUAUAGCGGCGGUAUGUUCCCCGGCCAAUGGCCGACGCAAGGUACAACAAGUUCCCCGUCUUCCUUAUCGUCUUCGCUGUACUCGCCGUCGCCGACUGCCGUGUUCCAAGAGGGCGCCUACGUCCAACCGUCCAAGCCCACACCGUCGCCGCCCGAGGUUGACGUCGGCGGCGGCGGCCUGUUCGAGGGCACCUCGCCGGCCCUGCGACGAGGGCCGCUCACGUUCGGUGCGAUGGCGGCGCCGAACGAAGAGGAGAUCCACGAGAUGAUCACCUCCGGCACCACCGCCGCCGCUGCGAGCCCGGGGUUCUUCAUGACCGCCGCCGCUGCGUGCCCGGGGUUCUUCACGCAAGAGGAGACGAGGGCGACGGCAGCUGUGGCGGCGCGCAACGAGCAUCGGGAGGAUGUUGCCGACGGAAGCCAAGCCGUCGAAGAAGAAGGCGAGGAAGAAGAAGAGCCAACUCAAUCCGCCGCCAACCUGUCGAAGGGGAAGAAGAAGAGGAAGAAGGACUCGCCGCCUGCCGAACCGCGUAUCAAAUGGACGCCGAAGGAAGAGGAGUGCCUCGCCGAAGCUUGGAUGACCGUGUCCACGAACGGCAUAAUCGGGGCCAAUCAGUCGUUCGACACAUAUUGGCUUCGAGUGAAGCAGGCGUACGAGGAGCGCAAACUCGUCGAUCCCUACUUCAAGAAGACGAACAUGAACGUGUUCCGGGGAGACAAGGCAAUGGCCACCCAUUGGGGGCUCAUGCAGACGGCGUGCAGCAAAUGGCACGGCAUACAGGAGGAGUGCGAGAAACGGCCGAUCAGCGGCCACGACUUGGAGCAAAAGCUGCGCCGAGCUUUGGACAUGUACACGGACGACACCGGCCUGCAGUUUAAGUUCCUCAACGUCUACGCCCGCCUCGAGAACUGCGAGAAGUGGAAGGAAGUCCGCACGACCCUCUCGAAGAGCAAGACCGAGCAGUACAACCCCGACGCUCCGGCGGCAAGCGCGGCGGAAGGAAUUAACGCCAAUAGCCUGUUCCGUUCUGUCCUUAUCCUCAUCGAUCUGGGAACAAGAAUCGUCUGA